CUUAAACCGGAAAAAGGAUCGCUAAAUAACCGACUUACAACUCUCCGCUAUAAAAGAAUGUUUUCAACUUAACCAAACCCUAAAGGCUUCAUCGAGACGAAGCUUCACCUCCGUUCGUCGCUCCUCCGCCGCGUCUAUUCUCUCUCAAAUCCGCUCAUCCCGUCGAUUAGUUUCAUCCGAGGUUUGGAGCUUACUAUGGCGUCUCUUAAGGACCGUCUACCUCCGGCCAAAUCAACAGCCGCCACGUUCUACGACCACUCCAACGAUCCAUGGUUCAAGAACCGUUUCACCGAGUCCGAAUCCGAGAAAACCGCCGCCGUGGUUUUCAAAGCGGUGCCUGUUUACCUGAAGCGUCAAGGCUUCCGUCCUAGGAACCCUGAGGAUUUUGGAGACGGUGGCGCUUUCCCUGAGAUACACGUUGCUCAGUAUCCCCUCGGGAUGGGGAAGAAUAAGUCUAACAAGCCUGGGGCCAAGACGCUUCCUGUUACUGUUGAUGCUCAAGGGAAUGUGAUGUUUGACGCUAUUGUGAGGCAGAAUGAGAACUCGAAGAAGAUUGUUUACUCUCAGCAUAAGGAUAUUAUCCCCAAGGUGCUGAAGAACGAGGGGGGAGAGGAUGGUGUUGUGGAUGAAGAGGAGGAGUUGCAGAAGCAGAUUCAGGAGACUACUGAGGAGACGAAAGCUGCUAUGGAGAAGAUUGUGAAUGUGAGGCUGAGUGCUGCGCAGCCUACUAAUGUCCCGAGGCAGUCAGGAGACUCGAAGUUUAUUAAGUUUAAGCCUUCUCAGCAGUCUUCGGCUUUUAAUUCAGGUGCUAAAGAGAGGAUUAUUAGGAUGGUGGAGAUGCCUGUGGAUCCUCUUGAUCCGCCGAAGUUUAAGCACAAGAGAGUCCCUAAGGCUUCUGGCUCUCCUCCUGUUCCGGUCAUGCAUUCGCCGCCCAGGCCUGUUACAGUCAAGGACCAGCAAGACUGGAAGAUCCCUCCUUGUAUCUCUAACUGGAAGAAUCCGAAGGGUUACACUAUCCCUCUUGAUAAACGUCUUGCUGCUGAUGGAAGAGGUUUACAAGAUGUUCAGAUUAAUGAUAACUUUGCCAAACUAUCUGAGGCUCUCUAUGUUGCUGAGCAGAAAGCUAGGGAGGCAGUUUCGAUGCGGUCAAAGGUGCAAAAGGAGAUGAUGAUGAAGGAGAAGGAAAGGAAAGAGCAGGAAUUGAGGGCUCUUGCUCAAAAAGCUCGUUCUGAGAGAACUGGUGCUCCUGCGAGCAUGCCUGUCUCUGUAGACAGGGCUAGGAGUGAGAGUGUUGACCCGAGAGGUGAUUAUGACUAUGACCGUGACCGUGAGAGGGAAAGGGAAAGAGAGAGGGAAGGGCCAAAGGAGAGUAGAGAGGAGAAGGAUCGGAUGCGGAGGGAGGAGAUCCGAAGAGAGCGUCGCCACGAAAGAGAAAGGGAGAGAAGGUUGGAAGCUAAAGAUGCUGCCAUGGGGAAGAAGAGCAAGAUCACGAGAGACAGAGACCGUGAUAUCAGCGAGAAAGUCGCUCUUGGAAUGGCCUCUACAGGAGGCAAAGGCGGCGAAGUUAUGUACGAUCAACGUCUCUUCAACCAAGAGAAGGGAAUGGAUUCAGGUUUCGCAACCGACGACCAGUACAACGUAUACGACAAAGGCUUGUUCACUGCACAACCCACUCUCUCAACGCUCUACAAGCCUAAGAAGGAUACGGAUGAAGAAAUGUACGGAAACGCAGACGAGCAGCUCGAUAAGCUCAAGAACACCGAGAGGUUCAAACCAGACAGAGCUUUCACCGGUGCUUCCGAGAGGUCGGGCAAGAGAGAACGACCUGUGGAGUUCGAGAAGGAAGAACAAGAUCCUUUCGGUCUGGACCGUUUCGUGUCUGACGUGAACAAAGGCAAGAAGAAGCCUUUGGACAAAAUCGGAUCUGGUGGAACUAUGAGAGCAAGCGGCGGUGGCGGCAGCUCUUCACGCGAUGACUAUGGUGGUUCUGGUCGAACCAAGAUCAAUUUCGAACGUGGUGAUCGUUAAAAAGUCUCAGCACAACUGAUCUUUCGAUUCCAACACAUGGUUCAGUUCUUAUUUGGAUAUUCUGCUUUUGAUUCAGUGUUUAUGUUUUAGUAGUAAGAAGGCUCCUGAACUUGUCAAAUACAGUCUUUCAAAACUUCUUAUAUUUGGAUCUUUAAGAAGAGUUUUAGCUUAUUUUAUAACAUCUUUAAUGUAAUAAAACUUUCUACUUUUAUGUUUGGUUUUUAUAUAAUGUUUGUUUGCAUU